AUGGAAAAACUUGAGAAUGCUUCCCGGAUCCACCCGCAGGAAAUGGAAGAUCCGUUCAAGAAAUACCUGAACAGCACCGAGGACUACCUGGCCUUCCUCUGCGGACCUCGGCACAGCCCCUUCUUCCUCCCCGUGUCUCUCGUGUAUGCACUGAUUUUUGUGGUGGGGGUCGUGGGCAAUCUCCUGGUGUGCCUGGUCAUUCUGCGCCACCAGACUAUGAAGACACCCACCAACUACUACCUCUUCAGCUUGGCUGUCUCUGACCUCUUGGUCUUGAUCCUCGGAAUGCCCCUGGAGGUCUAUGAGAUGUGGCGCAAUUAUCCCUUCCUGCUGGGGCCGGUGGGCUGCUACUUCAAGACGGCCCUCUUUGAGACCGUGUGCUUCGCCUCGGUCCUCAGCGUCACCACGGUCAGCGUGGAGCGCUACGUGGCCGUCCUUCACCCGUUCCGCGCCAAGCUGCAGAGCACCCGGCCACGGGCCCUCAGGAUCCUCGGCCUCGUCUGGGCUUUCUCCAUCCUCUUCUCUCUGCCCAACACCAGCACCCACGGAAUCAAGCUCCACUACUUCCCCAAUGGGUCCUUGGUCCCCGGCUCUGCCACCUGUACGGUCAUCCAGCCCAUGUGGAUCUACAAUUUCAUCAUCCAGGUCACCUCCUUCCUCUUCUACAUCCUCCCCAUGACCCUCAUCAGCGUCCUCUACUACCUCAUGGCGCUCAGACUGAAGAAAGAUGAAUCCCUUGAGACAGAUGAAAUGACUGCAAAUGUUCAAAGGCCCUCUAGAAAAUCAGUCACCAGGAUGCUGUUUGUCUUGGUCUUAGUGUUUGCUGUCUGCUGGACUCCAUUCCACAUUGAUCGACUCUUCUUCAGCUUUGUGGAGGAGUGGACCGAACCCCUGGCUGCUGUGUUCAAUCUCAUCCAUGUAGUGUCAGGUGUCUUCUUCUAUCUGAGCUCAGCUGUCAACCCCAUUAUCUAUAACCUGCUGUCUUGCCGCUUCCGGGCAGCAUUCCGGCAUGUCAUUUCUUCCUGCAAACAGCAGCAUUCCCAGCAUCACGCACAGGAGCCACCUGCCCAGCGGAACAUCUUCCUGACAGAGUGCCACCUUGUGGAACUGAGCGAAGAUGCAGGUCCUCAGUUCUGUCAGCUGUGCAAAAACUCUCACCUUUCCACAGGCCUCUGUACUGAACAGGCACCGUGA